AAAACUGUUUUUCACACUUUUUUUCUUAUAAACUCAUAGUUUGCUGUAAGUAAUCACAGCUGUCCAUUUUUCCAUUCUUAUUACAAGAGCUUUAUGUAAUUUUGAAAAUAAAUGUUUUAAUGAACAUAACCAUUAAUGUUGCUCCUCCAUCUUUGUUCUCUCAUCUGUUAUUCUGAAAUUGUUCAUACUGUCUAUAGUUUCACUUAUAAAUGUUUGAUACAUAAUGCUCAUAACAAUACCAUUUCUUAUUUUUAUUUUAACUAUGUAAUAUGUUGUUGUGUUCAUCACCUCCCCAGCACCUGGAAUCAACAGCCCGUGUUCUACUCAAUAUGUAAAUGUGGAGAUUUCACAAUCGGUUAGUUCUGAGUCUAUUAUUAAUAGACUUAGAACUAAAACCUUUAGCAAAGUCAUGAGAAGCCAUGUAAAAUAGUUGUGAUAACACAUGUAAACUGAUCUGAGAUAUUUAAAUGUGCACUCUGUUUCUCUUACUGGCAUAAGCGCACCUCACACCUGGUGUCUGCAAUGCACCGUUGCUCUUGGCUCUGUUUCACUUCAGUAUUUUGGUACUUUUUUGGAUCUGGGUGUUACUCAAUGCUUCCGCUUGCUGCUAGCUGUGAUCACUCUGCCCUGUCAUUCUGCGGCAUCUGUGCAACAGACUUCCAGCCCCAUCGCCUCCAUCUCCACCUGACUUUAUAACACCAGACACUGUAAAAGUACAACUCUGCCAUCUAGCCUAAAUACAAAGACAUUACACUUAGAAUUGUUUACAAAAUCUGAAGGUAUGUAUAGGUGAAGAGAUAAAAUCAGCUCAAAUUUUCAAAAUAUUCCAUGUUCAGCAUUUAGAAUGAGGCAAGUAAAGUAAAAAUAAUCUCUUCUCCAUCUCAGAACUGCGGGUUGUCUCUCCAAACAUCACAUUACACCCUGUGUGGGAAGGUGUAAUCGGGGCCUCACCUGUCAGACUCCUCUGCACCCUAAGUGGCUUCUUUCCAGACCAACUGAGUGUGACGUGGCAACGGGACAACCAAUCUCUAAACAUUGUGCAAACCCAAAGGAAGCUGCAGAGUGUGGAGGAAGUGGAGAAAACCUUCAGUCUAAGCAGUGAGAUUGAGCCAAAUAUGAAACAGUGGACAGGUGGCUCAAAUUUUACAUGCUGGUCCACUCACAACGGCAGUGAAUUUCAUAAAACAAUAAGUAUUUGUCAAACACAGACAAGCGCCCCUCCUUCAGUUCAUGUGGAGGUUCCCAGCUUCAAGACAGUAAUGGAGUCAACGUCUGAUUUGAAGGCAACGUGUUCAGUCCGCACAGUGUUUGAAGCAACGGUGACCUGGCUGAUGGAUGGGCAACCCCCAUCCAGUAACCAAGUCCAGGUCACAAAUACAACUCAUUUAAUAAGCACUCUGACGGUUUCCUUUAGUCGGUGGAAACAACUGAAGCUUCUGAAAUGUAAAGUUGAACAUCGCUGCUUCUCAUCCACUGAGGAGACAAUAAAUGUUGCAGCGCCUGCAGUUACAGCUCCAUCAGUGGAGAUCAGGAGAUCUCUCCCAGAUUUGCUGAAGGGAAACAGUUCUGUGCUGGAGUGUGACGUCACACAACUCUCCUCCAUUGACCUCUACAUCACCUUUCAGGCCAACAGUGUUGACAUCUCUGACAAACAGUAUGUUGAUCUUCCUGAAGCCCCAGGCCUCCAUUCAGUCAGUAGACGCUUCACUGUCCCUCCAAACUACUGGAAGAGAGACACAAGUUUCACCUGCAAAGUGAAUCAAGGUUUCUCCAGCAGCUUCAAGUCAAACCCCACUGGCAAUAUUUUUGUGGACCCAUCAGUGGAGCUCCUUCAGGUCCCCAGUAAAGAGUCAGGACCACAGAGGAUCUUGUGCUCUGGAUGGGGCUUCAACCCUCAAAUUAAAUGGUUUCCUGAGUCUCAGCAAGCAUCUCCAUCAACGAAUGACAUCAGCAUGAGUGCAGAUGGACGUGUGGCAGUAACCAGUCAACUUCACAUCCCUCAGACAGAGUGGAAAACAGGGAAGGUCUUCACUUGUUUAGUGUCUGACAAAUCUCUGAGUAAAACAGUUGAAAAGAACAUCAGCAUCUGUUCAGCUUGUUCAAGCGCCCCUCCUUCAGUUCAUGUGGAGGUUCCCAGCUUCAAGACAGUAAUGGAGUCAACGUCUGAUUUGAAGGCAACGUGUUCAGUCCGCACAGUGUUUGAUGCCAACGUGACCUGGCUGAUGGAUGGGCAACCCCCGUCCAGUAACCAAGUCCAGGUCACAAAUACAACUCAUUUAAUAAGCACUCUGACGGUUUCCUUUAGUCGGUGGAAACAACUGAAGCUUCUGAAAUGUAAAGUUGAACAUCGCUGCUUCUCAUCCUCUGAGGAGACAAUAAAUGUUGCAGCACCUGCAGUUACAGCUCCAUCAGUGGAGAUCAGGAGAUCUCUUCCAGAUUUGCUGAAGGGAAACAGUGCUGUGCUGGAGUGUGACGUCACACAACUCUCCUCCAGUGACCUCUACAUCACCUUUCAGGCCAACAGUGUUGACAUCUCUGACAAACAGUAUGUUGAUCUUCCUGAAGCCCCAGGCCUCCAUUCAGUCAGUAGACGCUUCACUGUCCCUCCAAACUACUGGAAGAGAGACACAAGUUUCACCUGCAAAGUGAAUCAAGGUUUCUCCAGCAACUUCAAGUCAAACCCCACUGGCAAUAUUUUUGUGGACCCAUCAGUGGAGCUCCUUCAGGUCCCCAGUAAAGAGUCAGGACCACAGAGGAUCUUGUGCUCUGGAUGGGGCUUCAACCCUCAAAUUAAAUGGUUUCCUGAGUCUCAGCAAGCAUCUCCAUCAACGAAUGACAUCAGCAUGAGUGCAGAUGGACGUGUGGCAGUAACCAGUCAACUUCACAUCCCUCAGACAGAGUGGAAAACAGGGAAGGUCUUCACUUGUUUAGUGUCUGACAAGUCUCUGAGUAAAACAGUUGAAAAGAACAUCAGCAUCUGUUCAGCUUGUUCAAGCGCCCCUCCUUCAGUUCAUGUGGAGGUUCCCAGCUUCAAGACAGUAAUGGAGUCAACGUCUGAUGUGAAGGCAACGUGUUCAGUCCGCACAGUGUUUGAAGCAACGGUGACCUGGCUGAUGGAUGGGCAACCCCCAUCCAGUAACCAAGUGAACCAGGUCACAAAUACAACUCAUUUAAUAAGCACUCUGACGGUUUCCUUUAGUCGGUGGAAACAACUGAAGCUUCUGAAAUGUAAAGUUGAACAUCGCUGCUUCUCAUCCACUGAGGAGACAAUAAAUGUUGCAGCGCCUGCAGUUACAGCUCCAUCAGUGGAGAUCAGGAGAUCUCUCCCAGAUUUGCUGAAGGGAAACAGUGCUGUGCUGGAGUGUGACGUCACACAACUCUCCUCCAGUGACCUCUACAUCACCUUUCAGGCCAACAGUGUUGACAUCUCUGACAAACAGUAUGUUGAUCUUCCUGAAGCCCCAGGCCUCCAUUCAGUCAGUAGACGCUUCACUGUCCCUCCAAACUACUGGAAGAGAGACACAAGUUUCACCUGCAAAGUGAAUCAAGGUUUCUCCAGCAGCUUCAAGUCAAACCCCACUGGCAAUAUUUUUGUGGACCCAUCAGUGGAGCUCCUUCAGGUCCCCAGUAAAGAGUCAGGACCACAGAGGAUUUUGUGCUCUGGAUGGGGCUUCAACCCUCAAAUUAAAUGGUUUCCUGAGUCUCAGCAAGCAUCUCCAUCAACGAAUGACAUCAGCAUGAGUGCAGAUGGACGUGUGGCAGUAACCAGUCAACUUCACAUCCCUCAGACAGAGUGGAAAACAGGGAAGGUCUUCACUUGUUUAGUGUCUGACAAGUCUCUGAGUAAAACAGUUGAAAAGAACAUCAGCAUCUGUUCAGUAACUCCAGCAUCAUCUCAGAUAGUUGCCGUAUAUGUUCAGGGACCACCCCUCCAGGAGCUUCAGAGCAAGGGACAGGUGACUGUCAUCUGUCUUCUGGUUGGCCCUUCUCUUGAUGAUUUCUCCAUCACCUGGAAAGUAGGUGGGAACAAAUAUUCUCUUAAUGUCCACACGGAGCAACCAGUGAGUCACAGCAAUGGGACGGAGUCUUUGCGGAGCUUCCUCAAAGUGUCAGCGGAGGAUUGGCAUGCAUACAAACAAGUGUCUUGUGAGGGGAAGCACAGAUGUUCCAACCAGGGCUACCAGGACCAUAUAAGCAAAAGCAGAGACCUGUACCCACCAGCAGUGAAAAUAUUACAACCAACUGCCUCUGAGCUGUCUACCUCAGACGUCCUCACACUUAUUUGUCUAGUUUCUGGAUUUUUCCCGUCUAACAUCAUGGUGUACUGGGAGGAGAAUGGCCAGAGACUCCCUUCAGCUCGCUACACCAACAGUCCUGCCUGGAAAUACACAGAGAGCAGCGCUUAUUCAAUGAGCAGCAGACUAAACACAUCCAAAACUGAGGACAAGGAGUCUACAUAUUCUUGUGUUGUCAGGCAUGAGUCCUCUGAAACGCCGUUUGAAAGCACUAUAAAGGAUGUUUUUGCCACAGUGACCUACAGCCAACCUUCAGCCACCUUGCUCCAGGGCUCUGGUGAACUUGUGUGCCUGGUCUUCGGCUUCAGCCCUGCAUCUAUUAGCAUUCAUUGGUUUUCUGGUAACACCAAGGAACUGUUGGACUACAACACUAGUGAACCCAUCAGAGGCCCAAAUGGAAAGUUCAGCAUCCAAAGCCACCUUCGUCUGUCCCAUGGCAACUGGUUCCCUGGGGCAGUCCUCACCUGCAGGGUGACACAUGAGAACACCACCCAAUCCCUGAAUAUAUCUAAACCAGGCACGUUGGAGGGCUGUCAUUUCUUAGAUGAGAUUAUGCAUGCUGAUGUGAACCAAGACACAGAUGUGGAAAGCUGGUAUAUGACUUUCACUUUCCUCUUUUUUUUCCUCAUCUCUGUCAUCUAUGGUGUCUUGGCUACUGUGAUUAAGACUAAAUGAUGAUGACCCCAGGACAGAUUAAUGAGCCAAAUGGGAACAUUUGAGGAUUUCUGAUGGUCUUACUAGGUGUAAACUGUAAUUAAUGAAUUUUUCUUUUUACAUUUGUAUAAUAUUUUAGAAAUGAUUCAUACUGUAUUAAUUUCUUUUUAUGUUUCAGUCACUUUGAGAUUCAAAUACAAGUGUAACAAAUAUUCUGUCACUGGACUCAUUCAUGCAUUCAGCAAAAUGCAUAUUUCAAUUUAGAAAACAAAGAUUGUCUCAUUAAUUACAAUAAAACAUAUGAUGGUACAUACUGAUGUAAAA